AUUUUGUCAUAAUUCCAGGGCAAGCUUCGAUCAUCAACAGCUCAAACCACCAUCUAUAAAUAGUCUCAUUCAUAAACACACAAACCACUGCUUCAGAAAAUGGCCAAAAAAACAAUAUAUCAAUAUUCAAGCGUCGCAAUCAAUGGAGUUAUUUUCAGUAGAUUCUGAUUGUGAAAAGAUGAAGAGAAUGAGAAGUUCUUGGCACAACGUUGUCGUUCUUGUUGGGUUCCUUCUAGCACUCAAUUUAGCAGCAUUUUUUGCUGAAUUAUCACAAGAAACUGUGAGAAGAAGUGUGAACAAGUGCCUCAUCACCCUGGGAGUCAAGUUCCUCAACUUCUGCAUUGCCAAAUCCACGCAGUUCAGAUAUGCUGGUCCUCUACAAGCUCAGCCAUCGUUCAUGCCACUCGUGUUCUGGUACACACUGGCGCGGUCUGUCUCAUCUCUGUAUUCUUCAUAGUUUCCG